UUCAUUUUUACCAGAAAAAGAGCUUCUCUGAUCUCGGAAUAACCGAGUCCAAACGAAACUCGCUGUUCCUCUCUCAGCUCCGCUAAGUCUCCACUCUCCAGAGAGGGUCUCUCUCUCUCUUUCUCCCUCUCUAUAUGCAGAGAUAGAUUAGGGCAAAUGUGGUCUUGCAUCUGAGAACUUCCUUAGAAAUCCGCAGAAAAGUUGUGGCCGAUCCAUCAAGAACAACAUCGAGAAAGAGAAUUCUAGAAGAUGCUGAGAUUAAAGGCAUUCAGGCCGAGCAACGAUAAGAUCGUGAAGAUCCAGUUGCAUCCCACGCAUCCAUGGCUGGUCACCGCCGAUGCCUCCGACAACGUUUCCGUUUGGAAUUGGGAACAUCGCCAGGUGAUCUACGAACUCAAAGCUGGCGGCGUGGACGAGAGGCGUUUGGUCGGUGCGAAGUUGGAGAAGCUUGCCGAGGGUGAAUCAGAGCCUAAAGGGAAGCCUACCGAGGCCAUGCGUGGAGGGAGUGUUAAGCAGGUGAGCUUCUUUGAUGAUGAUGUACGCUUUUGGCAACUUUGGCGGAACCGCGCUGCAGCUGCUGAGGCUCCAUCAGCUGUCAAUCAUGUCACUUCUGCAUUUAGUUCCCUAGCUCCUGCAACAAAAGGAAGGCAUUUUCUUGUGAUCUGUUGUGAAAAUAAAGCCAUUUUUCUUGACUUGGUGACAAUGCGUGGCCGAGAUGUACCAAAGCAAGAUCUUGACAACAAGUCGCUUCUUUGUAUGGAGUUCCUUUCUAGAUAUGCUGCAGGAGAUGUUCCUCUUGUCGCUUUUGGUGGAUCAGAUGGUGUCAUUAGAGUACUUUCAAUGAUGACGUGGAAGCUUGUGCGAAGAUACACUGGAGGUCAUAAAGGUUCAAUAUCUUGUCUGAUGACAUUCAUGGCUUCUUCUGGCGAGGCACUUCUUGUUUCGGGGGCUAGCGAUGGAUUGCUUGUUCUUUGGAGUGCAGAUCACAGUCAAGAUUCUCGAGAACUAGUACCUAAGCUAAGCUUAAAGGCACAUGAUGGUGGUGUUGUGGCUGUUGAGCUUUCCAGAGUUAUUGGAGGUGCUCCACAGCUUGUUACAAUUGGUGCAGAUAAGACAUUAGCUAUAUGGGACACAAUAUCUUUUAAGGAACUGCGACGUAUUAAACCUGUUCCUAAGCUGGCUUGUCAUAGUGUGGCAUCUUGGUCCCAUCCUCGGGCCCCAAAUCUUGAUAUAUUAACUUGUGUUAAAGAUUCCCAUAUAUGGGCAAUUGAACAUCCCACUUACUCAGCUUUAACGAGGCCAUUGUGUGAACUAUCCUCUCUAGUCCCUCCGCAAGUACUUGCACCUAACAAGAAAAUUAGGGUUUAUUGCAUGACAGCACAUCCUUUACAACCUCACCUUGUUGCUACUGGCUCCAAUAUUGGUGUUAUCAUAAGUGAGUUUGAUCCUAGAUCACUUCCAGCUGUAGCUGCCCUACCAACACCCUCAGGGAGCCGAGAGCAUUCUGCUGUCUAUGUUGUUGAAAGAGAACUUAAGCUACUAAAUUUUCAGCUGUCCCAGACAGCAAAUCCUUCUCUAGGAAAUAAUGGCCCUUUAUCAGAAACAGGAAGGAUUCGGGGAGAUUCACCAGAACAGUUACAAGUCAAGCAGAUAAAAAAGCAUAUUAGUACCCCUGUUCCGCAUGAUUCAUAUUCUGUACUCUCUGUGAGCAGUUCGGGAAAGUAUCUUGCAAUUGUGUGGCCUGAUAUUCCUUACUUCUCUGUCUACAAAGUUAGUGAUUGGACCAUAGUUGAUUCAGGCAGUGCAAGGCUCCUUGCUUGGGAUACAUGUCGUGAUAGGUUUGCCAUAUUGGAAUCUGCUUUACCUCCUAGAAUUCCUGUAAUUCCGAAGGGUGGUUCAUCAAGAAAAGCAAAAGAGGCUGCUGCAGCUGCAGCACAAGCUGCAGCAGCAGCUGCUUCUGCUGCUUCUUCAGCCAAUGUUCAAGUACGUAUUUUACUGGAUGAUGGGACAUCAAAUAUAUUCUCCACAUCUGUAGGCGGCCGCGGCGAACCGGUCAUUGGCUUGCAUGGAGGGGCAUUACUUGGUGUUGCCUACCGAUCAUCUCGAAGAAUUAGUCCUGUUGCUGCAACGGCUAUUUCUACAAUUCAAUCUAUGCCUUUGUCUGGAUUUGGGAGCAGUGGUCUUUCUUCUUUUGCCACUUUUGAUGAUGGAUUUUCUUCUCAUAGAUCUUCAACAGAGGCUGCACCGCCCAACUUUCAGCUGUACAGUUGGGACACUUCUCAGCCUGUUGGUGGACUUCUUCCUCAGCCAGAAUGGACAGCAUGGGAUCAGACUGUUGAGUAUUGUGCUUUUGCAUAUCCACAAUACAUUGUCAUAUCUUCAUUGCGACCACAAUAUAGAUACCUGGGUGAUGUUGCAAUUCCGUAUGCUACUGGUGGUGUUUGGCAUCGGAGACAGCUGUUUGUUGCUACACCUACUACAAUCGAAUGUGUUUUUGUGGAUGCUGGAGUUGCACAGAUUGAUAUUGAAACAAAAAGGAUGAAAGAGGAGAUGAAACUAAGAGAGGCACAAGUGAGAGAUGUUGCUGAGCAUGGUGAGUUGGCGCUAAUCACAGUGGAUGGACCUCAAGCUGUUACUCAAGAAAGGGUAGCAUUGAGGCCCCCAAUGCUACAGGUGGUCCGCUUGGCUUCAUUCCAGCAUGCUCCUUCUGUGCCACCUUUUUUGACAUUGCCAAAACAAUCUAGAGUUGAUGCUGAUGAUUCGGUGUUUCAAAAAGAGAUGGAAGAAAGAAAGGUUAAUGAGAUAGCUGUUGGCGGUGGAGGUGUAUCGGUGGCAGUUACUCGUUUUCCAACAGAGCAGAAACGGCCUGUGGGUCCUUUGGUUGUGGUAGGUGUCAGAGAUGGUGUUCUUUGGCUAAUAGAUAGGUACAUGUGUGCCCAUGCAUUAUCCCUAAGCCAUCCUGGUAUUCGCUGUCGAUGUCUUGCUGCUUAUGGAGAUGCUGUUAGUGCUGUAAAAUGGGCUAGUAGGCUUGGGAGAGAACAUCACGAUGAUUUAGCACAAUUUAUGCUGGGUAUGGGUUAUGCUACUGAAGCACUUCAUUUGCCUGGGAUAUCUAAGAGGUUAGAGUUUGAUCUGGCCAUGCAAAGCAAUGAUCUGAAAAGAGCUCUUCAGUGCCUUCUUACCAUGAGCAACAGCAGGGACCUGGGGCAAGAUAAUGCGGGACUUGAGUUGAAUGACAUCCUCAAUUUAACAGCAAAGAAAGAAAAUAUGGUGGAAGCUGUACAAGGAAUAGUGAAAUUUGCAAAGGAGUUUUUGGAUCUUAUUGAUGCUGCAGAUGCUACUGGGCAGGCUGAAAUUGCUCGGGAAGCUCUAAAAAGGUUGGCUGCUGCGGGUUCUGUAAAAGGUGCUUUGCAGGGUAAUGAGUUAAGAGGACUAGCUCUGCGCCUUGCAAAUCAUGGGGAGUUGACGCGGCUUAGUGGUUUGGUUAACAAUUUAAUCUCACUUGGCCUGGGACGUGAAGCCGCAUUUUCAGCUGCUGUUUUGGGGGACAAUGCCCUUAUGGAGAAGGCAUGGCAGGACACAGGAAUGCUUGCUGAGGCAGUGCUUCAUGCCCAUGCUCAUGGACGACCAACAUUGAAAAGCUUGGUUCAGGCAUGGAACAAAAUGUUGCAAAAGGAGGUCGAGCAUACACCACUGACAAAGAUGGAUGCUGCAGCUGCAUUUUUGGCCUCCCUAGAGGAACCAAAGCUUACAAGUUUGGCAGAAGCAGGCAAAAAGCCUCCAAUUGAAAUUCUUCCCCCGGGUAUGCCAUCACUUGAUGCUCCUAUUUCUCUCACCAAAAAAGCAGCUCCAACCACACAAAAUACACAACAACCGGGCAAACCAUUGCUAUUAGAAGGAGCUACGGCCACCACAGUUCCACCAUCGACAACCACCACGCCUUCUACUGGCACAGCAACAUCAACUGCAGCAGAUGAGGCAUCAACCCCAACAACUGCCGCGCCACAACCAGAAUCAGGAGAACCUGUUUCUGCAGAUACAAAUCCUGCUCAAUCAAGUAAUUCGGAUCAGGUUGUUCCUGCGGAUGGCAUUCUGGAAUCACCUACAAGUAAAGUGGAAACGUCUGAGGCUACACCUCAGGUGCCAGAUACCACUCAGGAAACCAAUGGUCAUAAUACUGUGACCACUGGUGACAUCCCCUCUGUUUGAACUACGAGACCUGCCAAAAAAUUUUCUUCUAUCUUGGCCGAAACAGAAAUUUCUGUAGGGAUGCAUCAUUGAAAGUUGCAUCGAUGAUCGAUUAUUACGUCCCGUGUCAUGGAAAAGGAAGCGAUUUGGAUAGUGAAUGUCUGUAAUUACAACGGUUUCUUGUAUCCUUAGUUACGUUGUCUAUUUGUUUAUUUCAUAAAUUUGCGUCUCUUUUUUUCCCCCAUUUUUUUUUGUUUCUUUUGUAUUGGUUAUAUAUGUAGCUCAUGUAAUACGGAGUAGGCUUCGUCAAGGAGAAUUACUCGUUCACAGGCAUUCUUUUGGGGAUUAUUAUCAUCCCUCAAGCUGUUUGCAGUUUCUUGUCAUGA